AUGGACGACAAGGAGUUAAUUGGAUACUUUAAGUCACAGAUGAAAGAAGACCCAGAUGUGGCCUCAGCAGUGGCUGCCAUCCGGACCUUGCUGGAGUUCUUGAAGAGAGAUACAGGGGAGACAAUCCAGGGUCUGCGAGCAAAUCUCACCAGCGCCAUAGAAACCCUGGGCGGCGUGGACUCCUCCGUGGCCGUGUCCUCGGGCGGGGAGCUCUUCCUUCGCUUCAUCACGCUGACCUCCCUGGAGUAUUCUGAUUACUCCAAAUGUAAAAAAAUAAUGAUCGAGCGAGGAGAACUGUUUCUCAGGAGGAUAUCGCUGUCGAGAACGAAGAUCGCGGACCUGUGCCACAGCUUCAUCAAGGACGGGGCUAGGAUCCUGACUCACGCCUACUCCAGGGUGGUCCUCAGAGUCCUGGAGGCGGCUGUGGCGGCCAAGAAGCGCUUCAGUGUGUACGUCACGGAGUCACAGCCGGAUCUGUCUGGGCAAAAAAUGGCCAAGGCGCUGUGCCACCUCAACGUCCCUGUCACCGUGGUCCUGGACGCCGCUGUGGGCUAUAUCAUGGAAAAGGCAGAUCUUGUCAUCGUUGGUGCUGAAGGAGUUGUUGAAAACGGAGGAAUUAUUAACAAGAUUGGAACCAACCAGAUGGCCGUGUGCGCCAAAGCGCAGAACAAGCCCUUCUAUGUGGUUGCCGAGAGUUUCAAGUUUGUCCGGCUCUUCCCACUGAACCAGCAAGAUGUCCCAGAUAAGUUUAAGUACAAAGCGGACACACUGAGGUCAGCGCAGACGGGGAAGGACCUCAAGGAGGAGCACCCGUGGGUGGACUACACGUCCCCAUCCCUGAUCACGCUGCUCUUCACGGACCUGGGCGUCCUCACGCCCUCGGCAGUCAGUGACGAACUCAUUAAGCUCUACCUCUGA